AUGGACCUUGCUACUGAGAUGUACGAUCACAUCGGUGUGGGUUUUGGGCCUGCGAAUCUCGCCCUGUGCAUCUCGCUGCACGAAAAUGAACGUGCCAAGGCAACUGGCUUCUCGAUGUGUUUCCUCGAGAAGCAGACAGAAUUUGCUUGGCACCCGGCGCUGCUCCUCCCUGGAGCCCAGCUGCAAGUAUCGCCACUCAAGGACCUUGCCACCAUGCGAGACCCGACGUCCUCGUGCACGUUCCUCAACUUUUUGCACGAGGAGGGACGCCUCAUGCCGUAUAUCAAUCGCGAAGAAAAAGUGCCAAGCCGUCGCGAAUGGAGCGCGUACCUUGCCUGGGCUGCCAAGCGCAUGGACUCGUAUGUGCGAUACGGACGUCAAGUGGUGGACAUUGUACCGAUGGAGGAGAAGGGCGUAUUGUCGUACUACCGCAUCGAGUGCGAGCAUGUUGAAACUAAGCAGCGCGAGUCGUUCUUUUCACGCAACGUGAGUCUGGCGGUCGGUGGCUGGGCCAAAGUUCCUUAUGUGUUCCAGUCGAUGUACAAGUACCCCUCUGAUCAAGGGCUUUCGCGGGUCGUGCAUGCUUCGACGUUCCUCCCGCAGAUCACCAAGUUGGCGCCGCUCCUUCAUCGGAAGACGAAGCCUCUACGCUUCGCGAUUAUUGGAGGUGGUCAGUCGGCGGUUGAAAUUCUGUGCUAUCUUCGGAAUCAGUUUGCGCAGGCAGACCUUGACAUGAUCUUCCGUGCGUCGGCGCUCGUGCCUUCCGACGAUUCGCCGUUUGUGAAUGCCGCGGCUUUUGACCCGUCGAGCGUAUCCACGUUUUGGCAGAGUACAGCUCGGCAACGUGCAGCACAGCUUGCUGAAUUCAAGCGCACCAACUAUUCAGUCGUGCGCCACGACUUGCUGGGCCAUGUCUAUGAGAUGGUAUACGACCAGGAUAUUGACUACCGUGAGCCGAUGGAGGAGGACAAGGGCAAGAUUCGUCUGCUCAGCAAUACAGAGCUUGUCCGUGCCGAGCAGCUUUCGAGUGAGCACGGCGAAGAUGAAGGCUGUAUCCGGAUUGACACCUGCACGAAUGCAGGCGAGGUGCUCGAGCGCUCUGGCACGUACGACGCCGUGUUCCUUGGCACGGGCUUUGAGCGUGAUCCGAGUCUUCUGCCCUUUGUCCAGACGCUAGCCAAGUAUUUCCCGCUUCUCUCAACGCAGGGCGCUGCCCAGCUGCAUGAGCAAGAGUUGGCGCUGGACGACCAAGUCAUGCAUUCACACGACCCUGAGAGUAUGCGUGCACAGGUGCGUGGUAUUACGCGCGAUUACCGCCUGGUACCCGCUGACCUUUCGCAAUGGCGCAUGUCGCUUUCUAUGCCGACGGAUGUGGCUCAGUGCGUCGCACGGAGUCAGUUGGGCCGCGAGGGAUGCCGUGAACCAAGUCUGCCGCCAUCGCGAGCGGCCUCGCUGCCUGAUACCAGCGCUGCUCAGUCCGAGGCACCCGCAGUGUCCGGCCAAAUAUUUUUAUUCGGCUGCAAUGAACGUACGCAUGGCUUGUCCGACAGCCUCAUGUCUAUGGUCGCACACCGAGCGGGCAUUGUGACAGCGUCGCUUCUGCAUGCCAAGGGUAUGUAA